AUGAGCUAUGGAACAAUAAAUGAUAUGAAUGAGUCGGUAACGAACUAUCGAAUAAAAAAAGCCCAAAACAACAUCAAGGGGUGGUACGCCUAUUCGUUUUCUAGUGAACCAUUCGUGGUUUCCGCUGUUUCUACGUAUAUUCCUUUAUUAUUGCAGCAAUUUGCUAGUAUAAAUGGGGUAAAAGUGCACGAUCAUUCUAUACCUUGUCUGUCAGAAAUGGGAGGUGGUUCAGAUAAGUGCGUCCUUGGUUUAUUCAACAAUCGGAUCUACGUAGAUACUUCAAGUUUUGCACUAUAUGUUUUCUCCCUUAGUGUGUUAUUUCAAACUAUUAUAGUAAUUUCUGUUUCUGGGAUAGUAGAUCUUUGGGGAAGUGUUAAGUUUAAAGGCAGAGUUCUGGUUUGGUUUAGUGUUGUGGGCGCAUUGUCUACUGUUGCGAUCUCAAAAUUGAAUGAUACUCAAAUAUAUUCUCUAGCUGGACUUUAUAUAGUGGCUAACGGUUGUUUUGGCGUCAUCAACGUGGUUGGAAAUUCUCUAUUACCCAUUUUUAUCAAGGAUUCAUUGAAAUGUCAAAGUCAAGGAGCCUAUGAACCUGAUCAAGUAGACUCUCUGACCACUGUAAUUAGUGGUAGGGGUGCGUCUUUAGGUUAUUCAAGUGCACUGAUUGUUCAGAUUGUAUCCAUGUUCCUGGUUGCAUCAAAAAAAGGCAGUAAACAAGAUGUUCAAGUGGCUGUUCUUUUCGUGGGUGUAUGGUGGUUGGUAUGGCAACUACCCAUGAUUUGGUUGAUUGAUGAUGUGACGAUACCUGUAAGGGCAUAUGAUUCUACAACAACAUCCACCCAUAGUCCGUAUCCCGACGAACAAGAGACUAACGGGCAACUAAACUGGAAGGCGCAUCUUUCUUAUGGUUGGCUAUCUCUUUUCGAAUCGUUCAAGCAUGCCAGGCUAUUGAAAGAUGUGAUGAUUUUCCUUAUUGCAUGGUUUAUCAUCAGUGAUUCCAUAACCACGAUAAACUCUACAGCAGUUUUAUUUUCCAAGACAGAGUUGCACAUGAGCACCCUCGAUCUAAUUAUGAUUAGUAUUUUGACCGUUGUGAAUGCCAUGCUGGGUGCAUUUCUAAUCCCACAGUUUCUUGCUACGAAAUUCCGGUGGACUUCCAGUCAAACUUUGAUGUAUAUUAUCAUAUGGGCAAGCUUCAUACCAUUCUAUGGUAUCCUUGGGUUUUUUUUUGAUGCGUUCGGUUUGAAACAUAAAUUUGAAAUGUUUUUAUUAGCCAUUUGGUACGGACUAUCAUUAGGUGGAUUAUCGGCAGUAUCAAGAUCAGUUUUCAGUUUAAUCGUACCUCCAGGGAAAGAAUCUACAUUUUUCAGUAUGUUCAGCAUCACAGAUAAAGGGUCGUCCAUUCUGGGACCUUUUCUUGUUGGACUGCUUACUGAUAAGACGCACAAUAUUCGCUACUCGUUUUAUUUCUUCUUUUUUCUUUUAAUGUUAGCGUUGCCUGUAUUGAACUGUUUGGAUGUGAAGAGAGGUAGGCGAGAAGCUGAAGAGUUGAGCCAAGUGUUACCUGAAAAUGAAAGAAGGUUGGACUAA